CAAAUAAGGUUCGUGGCGGAUUUUGUAAUGUGUGUGUGUUAAGGAGAGUGCAAUAAAGCAAAAUGAAAUUAAAUUUUGAAAACGUAUUAAGUGUUUACAAUAUUUUGAAUGCAAAAGCAAUUGUCUGCCGUAUAAAUGUUGAAACGAGUAAAAUGGGAAACAAUUGCCGCUGUUUAAACAAUCAACAAUGGAAGAUAUUUGAUAAUGGAUUACAAUCAUUGGUUGCCGAUUUUGGCGAUCACUGGGAUGAUAAAGAGCAGCAAGAAUUUCUUCUAUACGAAGAUAUAAAAGUGAUAGUAAAAAAGUGGAAUGUUUCUUUGAAAGCGUUAAGCGAAAUUUUUGCAGACAAUUUACUUAAUGCAGGUAAUGUAAAAUUGGCACUAGAUUGUUGCAUUACGCGGAAUCCGAAAAGAGCGAUUGAUGAUGCAAGGAAAAAUCCCUUGGAAUAUGAACCGGAAUAUGUUGGUAUGAGUUCGGAUGAUAAAUAUGGCAAACCAAUACCUUGCGUGCCCUAUACGCCUUCACCGAAAAAAUCAGUUAAUAUUAUAGAUAAAACAACCGAUAAUGAAUUGUUGGAUCACGACUUGUCAGAAGAUAUUUAUUUACCCAAGCCUUUACGCAAGAGCAGCGACGAUGAUGCUGAUCAGGAAAUGCACUCACCACCUGAAUAUAAACCGGCGCCAAUUAAAUCCGAUGACAAUCAGUUAUCCACUAAAUGUUUUGAGGAUGAAAAUCUAAAGCCUAAUGUUACGUACAGCGAAUUAUGUUCUAAAUCUAAAGAGGAGGCUUUGAAAAGCUUAGAGUAUACACCAACAUCCCAAAGCGAAAGCAACGCAAAGCUGAAACCUGUACCUAAAUAUAUACCAACACCGAUACCGACACAAUAUUCCACCAAAACAAAAGGGAUGAAAGUAAAUAAACGAAAGCUAACAAAAAAACUUUUUUCUGAAUUGCGAUUUUCACAAGAAAAGAGGGAUCUAACAUCUAAUAAAAAGAAAAUAAGUCAAAGUAAGGAGUCGUGCGAAUUAGCUAAGGAAGCAAAUGUGUUUAAGGAAAACAUACCAGUGAUUAACAAUACUAAAGAAAAUAAGAACACUUUAACCGCCGCCCUGCCUAAGCAACAAGAAUAUGAAGAUGAUGCGGAGGACAAUCUCGUUGCCAAGGAAGCAAAUUCAAACAAAUCGACGAUUAUUGUUGAUAACGCUUUCUUAAGGCGUUCUAAACGCUCUCCAAUAAAGCCGAAGCGACUUAUUGAAGAACAAAUCGAAGAAAAAAAGAAGCUUAAAACUCCUAAAAUAUCGGCCAGAAAUAAAGAACUUUUUGGUUCAGAUGAUGACGACGAUGACGACGACGACGCUGAUCAAUUGAAUUCCCUCAACAAGGAUAGUGAAAAAUGUUAUACACCUGGCAGCAGUUUACAAAAGAAACGAAAACUUCAUCAAAGCACAGACUGUGAGCGGGAAAAACGCGACAUAAGAAAUUGGCUUUCAAAGAACAGACCUACGUCAAGCUCGAGUAAAUCGGUUUUUUCAAAGCAUGCUAAAUUAUCGACAAAAACUAGGAUGGAGGAAAGUAAUGAGGAUAAAAUUGAAAUCGGAACAACUCCUACCAAAGAAGAGAUUAAAGAACGCCUUGAGCAGCAUAGAUUGGAAAAAGAACAUCAACUUAAAAUAAAAAAAAUCUUACAAGAGAUGAAACCAAUUUCCCCAAAAAAAGUUGAAUAUUUAUCUUUGCAAAAAUUAAGCGUAAGUGAGCUAUUAGAUACCUUUGAUGAACACAAAUCCAAAUUGGAUAAAAUCUAUGAAAUAUAUCAGCGAAAAAGUUACGUUAAAAGUCACCAAGGUAUCGACCAUUGCUUCGUUAUGGAUCUCAUCGAUCCGAAAUUGCAGACAAAAAUGUUGGAAAAAGUCUCCAAGGUUUACAAAAGCAAGCACAAUACGGCUCAUGUCACAUUGUUUGCGAAUGCCAUAUUACCAGAAUGGAUAUUAAACAUUUUCAUGAAUAAAUAUAGCUUAGAUCGUGAAGAAGCUAUUGAACAAGUAAGAGCCCAGGAUGCAUAUAAACUACAUGUUCAAGACGAGAGCGAUACAUCCUUUCUUUGAGUUUAUUUGAUCUGUAAUUAUUAUGUUAAGUUUUACUUUUGUUAUAUAUUCUUGUGUACAAUUUAAUAGUCCCAUUUAUAAAAGGCGCUUUUAUGUAAAAAAAAGGAACGUAUAUAUGUUCAUUAUCACCUCCGCGUAAACGACAUACAACCACCUACUGCUACGAAGAAAAUCAAAUCGUUUCCGUACGAAACUGAUUAAAAUAAUGACUGCCAAUAUCUUAGCUUCGCUUAAUCAACGACAGUUCAAUGGAGACCGGAAGAUAAGUCAUUCGAUUCCACUCUUCGAAACAACAAGCAGCCGAUAAUAACCUAGCAAAUCAAUAAUAAUGGCUACAUACUUCUUUCGUGAAUGGAUAGUGCCUGUUAGCAAAUAGGCAGCCUUAGAAUAAUUACGCCUUACACCACUUGUGUUACAAGGGUGUAUUAACUUUUUGCGAGCGGUCGGAACAUUCAGGAGGACUUUAAGUAGACAUAGCUUUUAUUAUACCGAUCGAUGCAGAAUCACUUUUUGCAUCGGUCUAAGCUCGUCCGUCUACCUGACUUGUUUUUUGUGUUCAACCUACACGUCGCAACAAUUAACGCUAUUGAAAAUGGUUCAGAUGGGACCAUUGUUUCGAUCUUCUUCCACUUCCAUUAUGACACUUUAUUUCGAAAAGUUGUUGUAUCGAUAACUGUGGCGUGUAGGGUGAUGUAGUGUAUUUAACGAUGGGGCGUGCUCCACUUUUGCCCAUUUAUUAGCUUUUCAGAAAAAGCAUUUCAACUAUUAUUAAUACUCCCUUCCAGCUAAAGGGAUGAUUUGCUUAUUUAAAGUGGAACUCACUUCACAAUGCUGGCAAAGCAUUUUGAUUGUUGAUUACAUCGAACUUCGAAGGAAAAGCCUGUCUAUUUCCUAGCCUUGACAAACGCUUCCAAUCAUUUCCCCUUAAUUUAGCUAAAAUCGAAUAUUAGUUCUUUUAAAAAACUUUUACUAAAAUCUUAUGUUAAUUAUUUGGGACAUGAUUGAAACGGUUCAUUUUCAGCUGGAGUUCCUCGCCACCAACAACGUUAUUCAAAAAGGAACAAUAAAAACGAAGCUUACUUUUAUUUAAUAUUAGAAAAGUGAAAGAUUGUGCUUACCCCAACGCUUGUUUUGGACAUUUUGAAAACUAAAACUUAAAUAUUCAUUUAAAAAUUUAUUUGUUCUUUAUUUUAUACUAAAUGUACAAUUGAUCAUUGAUUCCCUCUAACGAAGUUAUCAUGAACUGGAAAAUUGUUAAAAUGUAACGAAAUCUAAUCUGAUGUAUGUAA